ACUCAGUGUGGAAAGAGUUUCACAUACAAGCAAAGUCUUGAGCGGCACAUGAGAGUUCACACCGGAGAGAAGCCGUUCACAUGUGAUCAGUGCGGAAAUCAAUUCAAAGAAAGAGGAAACCUUAACAAACACAUGAAAAUCCACACUGGAGUGAAGCCAUUUACAUGUGAUCAGUGCGGGAAGAGUUUCACAUACAAACAAACACAUCUUAAAGUACACAUGAAAAUCCUCACUGGAGAGAAGCCGUUCACAUGUGAUCAGUGCGGAAAUCAAUUCAAAGAAAGAGGAAACCUUAACAAACACAUGAAAAUCCACACUGGAGUGAAGCCAUUUACAUGUGAUCAGUGCGGGAAGAGUUUCACAUACAAACAAAGUCUUGAGCUUCACACGAGAGUUCACACCGGAGAGAAGCCACACACGUGUGACCAAUGUGGAAAGAGCUUCACGCAACCAGCACAUCUUAGAGAACACAUGAGGAUCCACACCGGAGAAAAGCCACACACAUGUGAUCAGUGCGGGAAGAGUUUCACAUACAAACAUAAUCUUAAUGAUCACAUGAGGACCCACACCGGAGAGAAGCCAUUCAUGUGCGGUCAGUGUGAAAAGAGAUUCUCAAACAAAGCUAGUCUUGAGGGUCACAUGAGUGUUCACACUGGAGUGAAGCCGUUCAUGUGUGGCCAAUGUGGAAAGAGCUUCACGCAAUCAGCAAACCUUAAACGACACAUGAGAGAUCACACCGGAGAGAAGCCGCACACAUGUAAUCAGUGUGGAAAGAGCUUCACGCAAUCAGCAAACCUUAAACGACACAUGAGAGUUCACACCGGAGAGAAGCCGCACACGUGUGAUCAGUGUGGGAAGAGUUUCACACAAUCAAAAGAACUUAAAGAACACAUGAGGAUCCACACUGGAGAGAAGCCGUUCAAGUGUGAUCAGUGCAGCAAAACAUUUCUUCGGUCAUCAGCUCUGAAGGCACACCUGACGGUUCAUACGCAGGAGAAGCCACAUUCCUGUUCU